AUGUCAGGUUCAGAAAGGAAUCGUGUACGCUUAUUCUUGUGGGUUGUUCCAAGAACUAUAUCGACAGCCUUGACUAAAUGUCUCAGUGCCAUCGAAGGAAUGGAAGUUUGGUUCGAAUGUUUCGUUGCAUGCAGUGCAGUUCGGAAACAAUAUCAGCUUGCCACCGGUGAAGAUAUUCCGAUGACCUAUGAAGGAAAUGAAGAAAAGGCACAACAAGCAGCUACAAUAUUUAAGCCUUUCGUCGGCUGCGAAAUUGAGCCCUCUCGAAUUUUGUUUGCUGAUGUGCAGCAGAAGAUAGAAUCUUCAGAUAGCAGAUACAUCUUGGCAAAAGAAGGUGGAUUCAUCUUUCUUGAUGAUAAAUCACGACAAUACAUACCACGGGGAUUUCAACACGUCUUCCUAAUCCGGGAUCCGUAUAAAGUCUUCACCUCUUACAAGAAGGCCAUUAUCAGUCACAUGACUCAAUUAGGGUUAUGGAAUGGCGAUGCAGAAUUAUUCAACCUUGAGAAGGAUGACGCCAUACUGAAUCCUCGUGAGUUCUUCAGGGAAACUUUCGAACUGUGGAGGUAUGUCCGUGACAACGUGAAUCCCAAUCCAAUCGUGCUCAACACAGAUGAUCUGUUGGCCAACCCUGCUGAGGUCCUCUCUAAAUUCUGCCAUCUGACCGGCCUUCCGUUCAGUGAUUCACUUCUCCAAUGGGAUGCUUCAGCGGACGCCACCAAGAAGUGGAAAUUAUCGAUCGAUCGAGCAUUGGAUGACCGGAUAUUUUUCAAGACAGCCACCAAUUCCAGUGGAUUUGCACCACCUACACCCGCUAUCCCCCUGGACACGGUAGCUCCAGAUGUCAGGAGGCUUGCAGAAGCAUCAAUGCCAUACUUCGAGGAAAUGAACAAGUACAAGAUGUAAUCAAUAUAUAC